CUACAGGUCGGACAUUUCCUCCGCCGAACAUUCAAAGCCAUCGAGUACGGGAUCUCCAAUGAAGCCUCCAGCGCCUAUAGCCUGAACGCCAAUCAGAUACACGGACUGCUUAGACAGAUACGAGCUUUUGCAUUGCACUACCUACAUCCGUGUGGUACGACCGUCGACGAUCGGGGGAGAAACGGCACUGCAGUUGAUAGUGAGUUCGCGUCGGCCAUGCUGGCGAGACGAGUGCAAAAUAUUGCUGAUGUUUUCAGCCACACAGAUAGGCGCCUGGUACUGAGCGUAGUCUCCUCACUCGUGAACGGCUGCCGCACACUCUCGUCUCUGGCAAAUCCGGCAGAGUCUGGACUAUUAUCGAAUAGUGCGCUCCGUGGAGGCGCGCACUCACUUGGGGCCGCCUAUCUGGAUGUAGUACUGGUAGUAUCUGAGUGCCGUAGGUACGUGGAGUGUAUGAAGGCCGGCAAUGGGCCACAGUCGGGUUACGCGUACCUGGACAAGGCUGUGAUACUUGAAAGCAUCGACGACCUAUUGCGCACGUUGGCACCGCAGACAGAGCGGUGUCUCAACAGUGACCUCUCCACCGAAACUCCGCCUGUGAUGUUGAGCUCCUACUGGGCCCGAGCGGCCGAGGUGUGUCUGAGAGCUAUGCACGGGCACGACGAACCACAGUCAACACAUACGGACACUUUGCUGAGACUGUUGAAACACCAGGAUGAACAUGUGGCGCUAUCUGCUUUGGCAUUCGUGGUCGAUCAUGCAGAUUUCUGCAUGCAUCCAGGGCGUACCUCAGGGUCGGACGACCCCUCAGGGUCGGACGACCUCGUAGUCUGUAUCAAGUUGUCAGCAGCUUCAUUGAAAGCUACUUCUCGAGUUGAGAGAGCAAUUUAG